CAGGAAAGAUAUAGCUCAAGCCUGGGCGAUUUGAGACAAGGAAUAAAGAGUUCUCUUUACAAACAAAAAUAGAAACAAAGUUCUCAAGUAGGCCAGGCGGGUCUCUCACUAAGGCAUCAUAUAACGUACCGGCAGAAUAGUUGAGGACAAGCGUCCUCAUUCAGGCAUACACAAAUACAGUUACAUAGAUUACCAUACAUAGCAGCAUAUAUGUAGAUAACCCAGGUAUAAUUUGUUACUAAUGCUCAGGCAAAAGUGAGACAUCUUCACUCAACGAAAGCUGGUGCUGCAGCCACAAAUACUUUAAUACACAACCAGCUGAGCUGUUUUUGUUACUGAGGAAAUAUAUAAGCAAAAAUGGAAGACAUAGAAGAUUUAGUACGUGAAGGGGCAGACUUGAUAGCUCCACGGUCACGUAACUCUGUGAUGCCAAGAGUGAGGCGCAGAAAGGUACUCCCUUCUGAAGAGGCUAUAGAAGAGCCUGAGUGUGAGAGUCAGUGUACAAGUAUCAUCCCAGGCACCCAGAAGGUAUACCUUAAAACAUGGGGAUGUGCACACAACAGCUCCGACAGUGAAUACAUGGCUGGCCAACUGGCAGCAUAUGGAUACAAAAUUGUUGAUGAAAAGUUUGAUGCUGAUGUAUGGGUACUGAACAGCUGUACAGUGAAGAAUCCAGCCGAGGACCAUUUUCGAAAUGAGAUCAAAGCUGGGAGAGAAGCUGGUAAGAAGGUGGUGGUAGCUGGAUGUGUCUCUCAAGCGGCUCCACGUUCAGAAUUUCUUGAAGGUUUGAGCAUCAUAGGAGUGCAACAAAUUGACCGUGUUGUGGAAGUGGUGGAGGAGACCCUGAAGGGAAAUUCCGUGCGAAUGCUGGGUCAGAAGAAGCAGGCAGGCAAGAAACAAGGUGGAGCCUCACUUCUCUUGCCCAAAGUAAGAAGAAAUCCUCUUAUUGAAAUUAUAUCCGUCAACACCGGGUGCUUAAAUCAGUGCUCAUAUUGUAAAACUAAACAUGCACGUGGAGAGUUGGGAUCGUACUCCAUAGACAUUUUACCAUUGACAGAAGAAAUAGUGGCUCGGGCAAAGCAGUCAUUCAGUGAAGGUGUUUGUGAAGUGUGGCUCACUUCUGAGGACACUGGAGCUUACGGACGAGACAUUGGUGUUUCCUUGCCAGAGCUGCUCUGGCAGCUUGUUGAGGUCAUACCAGAAGGUUGUAGAUUAAGACUGGGAAUGACAAACCCACCUUACAUUUUGGAUCAUUUAGAGGAAAUGUCCAAGAUUAUGCAGCACCCUCGUGUUUAUGCCUUUCUGCAUGUACCCGUCCAAUCUGGGAGUGAUGGUGUGUUGGGGGAAAUGAAAAGAGAGUAUACAGUUAAUGAGUUUUGUAGAGUGGUCGACUUUUUGAAGAGCAGGGUGCCUGGUAUUACAAUAGCAACAGAUAUCAUCUGUGGCUUUCCAACAGAAACUGAAGAAGAUUUUCAGGAAACAGUCAAACUUUGUAGCAAAUACAAGUUCCCAUCCCUCUUUAUAAACCAGUUUUAUCCUCGCCCGGGGACUCCUGCAGCAAAAAUGCAAAGAAUUCCAACGAAAGAGGUGAAGAAUCGCACUAGACGUUUGACAGAAGUGUUUCAGUCCUACCGUCCAUAUGACCAUAAACUGGGAGAAAAGCAAACAGUUCUUGUAACAGAAGAGGCUCAUGAUAAGGAGCAUUGGGUUGGCCACAAUAAAUAUUAUGAACAGGUAUUAGUUCCAAAAAAUGAAGAUUUUUUGGGAAAGUUGGUUGAAGUGGAAAUCAUCGAAACUGGGAAGCACUACAUGCGUGGACGACCCAUUGAAACCUCCAAGCCCAUUUCCCCAGCUAUGACUGAAUAUCUUCCCAAAGGUGAAAUUUCUGGCUUUUUAAGCACUCAAGAUAUUUCAGAUUCCAACAAGAGAAAUCAGAUGAAGGAAGAUCUAGCUAAGCAGGAACGAUACAUAAUAUUAAGUUUUAUAUUGCUCAUAUCAGCCCUCCUAGUUAAACUUGCAUGGGUUUGUUUUAAAAUGUUAAAUGGAAAUAUGAUUGAUUAAACUUUUCUACAUU